AUGACAGCAUCUAAAGGUGAAAUUCAGCGUUUGAUUGAGUGUUGCAUAUGCUGUGAUUAUUUAAACGAUGUGCGGGAAACACCUUGUUGUCAUCAAUUGUUUUGUUUGGCUUGUAUACAAGGUUGGCUGCAAAAAUCCACGAAAAAUUGUCCACGAUGUCGAUCAACAACGCUGACAGAACAGAGUUUACUGAAGAACAUCGUGAUUCAACGUUUUGUUGACAAUUUAUUGUUCGAAUGUCCCAAUGCACUGCAUGGCUGCGAAGCGAAGGUCGCCAAAUCGGAUCUGGUUAAACACAAACGCUUGUGUGCGUUCAGCAGCGAAAAGCUUGCCGCGAAACAACAAGCAAAAUUGGAAGAAUCACGAACGAUCCUGUUUCGAUGCAAAGAAGGCAAAACGCAAAUUACGGACAAUGUUCUGUACGAUUUAGCGAACUUGUUUUACACUGAACAUGACUAUGAUAGCGCCAAAGAGUGUAUUGAAUUAAUGAAAGAAAAGGAACAUUCGCAAAAGAUCAUCAUCCUUCAAGCACAAGUCGAACGCGAUACAAAUCAUUAUGACAAGGCUUUAGCAUUGUAUAUAAAAGCAUAUCGAUAUGCCAAUUCUAUACCUCAACGUAUUGAACUUCUAUCAGCUCGAGGGCUUCUAUUAUCCAAAAAAGCUCAGUACGAAGAUGCAAGAAAUGUUUAUACGCAAGCGUUGGAUCUCUUACGGCCUAAUGAUGAAUCGCAGACCAAAGCGGAGAUUCUCAAUGCUCUGGGGUUAAUUGAUAAGAAAUGUUCAAAUUAUGACAAUGCAAUUGAAACGUACAAUAAAGCACUGGCAAUUGUUGAUUCACAUUCACAUCUCUGGUCUGAUAUAACGUCAAAUCUUGCAGAUAUCUAUCGGAAGAAAGGCAAUUAUGAUCAAGCAAAAGAACUCUAUUUGAAAUCUCUCAAACAAGCCGAAGCACUUCAUGGCCAAAACCACCCAACAAUUGCAGAUAUUAUGAAUAAUCUGGCCGUUCUGCAUAAGAAAGAAGGCAAAUAUACCGAGGCGUUAAAUAAUCUAAAGCAAGCAUUGAAAAUAUCCAAACACUUUUACGGACAACGGCAUCCGACGAUUGGAAUUUAUCUAACCAACGUUGGAGAUAUCUAUCGAAAGCAAGGACAAUUCAAGAUCGCCGAAGCGACGUACAAAGAAGCAUUGACAGCAUUGCAGGAAUCCUAUGGUCCUGAUCAUAUCGAAGUCGCUGAAGUACUGAAUUCGAUGGGUUUGAUAUUAAAAAAGCGUGCCGACUACGAUGGAGCUGAGAAACUAUACAAACGUGCGAUUAAAAUUGUCCAUGAUACAUUCGGACACGACGAGCCGCAUUAUAAACUCGGUAUAUACUAUAACAAUCUUGCUGAUCUCGAUCGCAAACGUAAUCGCUUUGAUAGUGCGUUGAAACUAUAUCAACAAGCGUUAGUAUCGAUUGAAAAAACACUCGGCCCACAACAUUCCGAAGCCGGAGAAAUUCUUCACAAUAUCGGCCAAGUUCAACACCAACUCGGAAAUUACAAUCAAGCGAUUGAAUACAUCAAUCGAGCACUGGUGAUUAUCAAAGGCGAAUUCGGUGAUAAGCAUUACAAAUAUGGCAUGUUUCUCAAUUCACUUGGUUUAGCCUAUGCCAUGAUUGAUGAUUAUCGCAUUGCGUAUAUUCACGUCAAACAAGCGCUACAGAUUCUUCUGAAUAACUUAGGUCCCGAUCAUAUUGAAGUGUGUGAUGUGUAUUCGAAUUUAGGUGAAAUUUGCAUGAAAUUCGUGCUUCAACUCACUCAACAGAAACCACCGAACCAAAAUGAAAGAGAUGCGAAGUUGGAAGAAGCAAAAAAGAAUUUCAUUGAAGCACAACGCAUUGUGCAAGCAACAUUCGGCGAUGAUCAUACGAAAUCCAUACAGUUCAUGUCAUUUUUGUUUAUUAUCGAGAAUUUCCAAACGUUAUGUAAACUUUAA